GGGUCAUCUUCUGCAGAACACCACCAAACACGAGAACAUCCAGAAUUGCACUGUCAAAUAACCGCUUUUAGUGUGAAAAGCUUUUAUUCUGAACAAAUGACACAGGAAGUGUUGCUAGCGAAACACCGAUAAACGGAUCGUAGCGAGGUGACAGGAUUGACAGAUGGCAGAUGUGUCGUUUUAUAUAACUAAUGCCAACGUUUCCUUGGGACAAACUAUGGAAACUGAAAAAAGUCCGGGAGAGCCGACAGUCUUUGAAAGCGUGGAGAUGGGAGACUCUGCCUUGAGGAAGGAGAGAGUGAAGGUGCCCCGUAGGACAAUCCACUUUGCCAGUGGAGAAACUAUGGAGGAAUACAGCACUGACGAAGAGGAGGAGGAGGAGGAACAGCAACCACUGAAGAAAGAUGUCACUGCUGUAGAUCCGUCCAAACUGACAUGGGGUCCAUAUGUCUGGUUCCAAAUGUGGAGAAUGGCCACCUCCACAAUCUCAGUGUGCGACUACAUGGGAGAGAGUCUAGCCUCUCUUUUUGGCAUUACUACUCCUAAAUACCAGUAUGCUAUUGAUGAGUACUACCGUAUGAAGAAAGAGGAGGAGGAGGAAGAGCAGGAGAACCGGAUGUCCGAGGAGGCGGAGCACCAGUUCGCAGAGCAGCGCAGAUGUCAUCAGAAUGGUCCCACAUCUCCUUGUUCUGCUACUGUGGAGCAGCCAGAGGCAUCCUCUGCCUCCUUUGUAAAUAUUAGCUUUGAGCUUGAACCUGAGACUGCUCUCAGUGUUCCAGACACCAGCAAAGUCCCUUCUCCUCUCCCCUCCUGAAAACUGACUCACAUACAAAACCCCUGACAUUCACACAUUUCUAUCAGUUUGCAAAACCUUAAUUUACUAAGCUUUAUAAAUUAAUAAUAUUA